CAAAAAUGUCUGUUUAUAAUGGCUUUGGUACAAGAGGACAAGAGACUAAGUAUAACAAGUAUCUUUACAAUCUGUGAUUUCUGAUGCAACAUUCCAUGAGCCAAAUGCUUCAAGGCGAUGAAAGGUGGGAUGAAAACCGAUUUAAGAAGUACUUCUUCAAAAUAAUCACAAGAAUGAGAGAACUUGAGAGGGUAAAAUAUUUACCUCCCAAAUUCUCCUAUGCAUUUGAGAAUCUUUGUGGUCACUAUCAGAUAGAUCUCCCAGAAUAUACACAGAGUAAAACCAACCAGAGGUUGGUCAGGACAAGCUAUACUAAACAACUUCAGAGGAAUAGCUCUAAAGGAUCAAGCAGUGAAAGUUCCACUACAGGUAGCAUGCUGGGCUACUUCCGCAAGAACAGGCCGAACUAUAGCAAUAAAUCUUACUCUAGUGAUUCUAGUAUGAGUGUUAACUCUCGUGGCUACAAAAAGAGGAAGACCAAAACUUCUAGAAAAUAAUCUCAGAAGUGGCAAAGGUGUUAGAGUACGAAUAAUUAAGAAAAAAAAUAAUAGAUUCCACAACAGGUCUGCAAAAGGACACUCAAUGUCAAGCGUAAAAUCCUCUCUGAAUAGCCAUGAAGAUAUCAUUGAUGAAAGAACCGAUUCUGAGAGUGACGAACUUAACCAAACGGAUUAUAAGAAGAGACGGCAAAUAGAGGAAAAGAAGAUUGGAAGAACUGGUAAGGGUGAUUCAAAAUCCUCCCAUCUCUACACAAUCACGAAUAAUACAAAUAUUAUCUACAACUCUGCAUUUCCGAAUCUCAAAACUGAGAAGGUGGCUAAUAGGUUAGUAAAACGAAAAAUGGAAAAUACUUCUGAGAUUGGCUAUUUGAAUUUUCCAAACAGAUCAGCUCAAAAGAUUUCUCAAAUGAGUAAUGAACCUCUGAUGAAGAAGAACAUGGCGAGGCUAAAAUAACGAGAUACUUCAAAAAUCAGCAGGAAUUGGAGGGGCCCUGACUCAAUUUAAGAAGAAGAAGCAACGCAGAAUGAUAAAGCAAAUGAUGAAUGAAGAUAACAGCGGGUAUGGAAUAAGCGCUUAUUGUUCAAAAGAAGGCAUUGGUAAAAAGAAGAAUACUCUAAGAUCAAAAUACCAUAGUACUGGAGGAAGAAAACCUGAGUUUUAUUAAGUGGGUUUCAAUUUUAUUCAAAA